GUACAAGGACAUGUGCAGUGUUUGUUGCAUGCCUCUGCUUCGAAAUCCAUGGGGUUCGCUUAAGAUUGUAUUCCUCUAUUUAAGCCGAGUCCAGCAGCGGGCCGCCCUGUAGGACGCAUUGCAAAACCCAAGGAGCCCUACAUCAGUCCACCGCGAGGGUGCUUCAGCGAGACAGAAAGCGGAAGCAUGACAGUCCCACCUACACUUUUACCGGCGGAUGUAACGCCCCCAUCCGGGCUUAUCCUGAUUAUCCUUUGCAUCGUUCCAGCCCUGGGAUUGGUCACUCGCGCAUUCAAUCGUAUCAUACCCUCCAAUGGGUCUCAACAGCAGGAUCGCACGAUAGGCAUCAAAUAUGCCGCCUUCGUCCCCGUCCGUCUAGCGAUGCUUGCCGCGAUGGAUACAACAGUAUUGAGACCGUCAACAACUGGUUUGAUUUGCACCGUCUAUGAAAUGGGCACCUACGAGCUCAACAGCCUCGGCUACCUUCACCACCUUUCCGUCCUCAUUGGGGGGAUGUUCAUGUUCACACAAUACCAGCAUAUCGGCAUGUUCACGUACGCCAACUACGUCUACCGCUUCGGUACCCUGUUGAACACCGUUGUCCUCGCGUCUAUCGUCUUCCUCAAACUCGCACCACAAGGGGUGGACUCCUUGGUGCUCAAGAAAAAGAUCUUGUCCUACUGCAUAGUCCACAGCAAGUUCGGUCUAUUCUGCGCGAACGUGGGGAUCCUUUUCUUCUUCAUCACCAACUUUAGCAGACUGCACAUUUUCGUGCGCCUAAUGAUUCCGUUCAUCGUGCUUGCAUUCCUGCCGGAGCAACGGCACACGGACCACGCGCUGCACAGCUGGGCACGUAAACUCUCCGGGCAGAUAAAGAGCCACGUCCCAUUCGCCGCAAGCGCCACAGCCCUUGCGGUCGAGGUACAACGUCGCGCUACCAAAGUGUUCACCGACGCUUCCGAAUUCGGGCUGCAAAUGCGUUACAGGUUUUCUCCGGUAGAAACACGUAUGCCCCUUGAGAGACUCCGCGUUCCUCGACAACCGUCGUCACCGGCCAUGAGCCCCGUCAACUCGGCCUUCUCGCCAAUGACCCCUGCGCACUUCCUCGACGACCUCUCAUACCUCUCCGAGGGCAUGGUGCCGUAUUCGGAAGGCCGCGACUCGCUCUCCCUGGCCGCCGAGCGCGAGCAUUUGCGUAAAAGUGAGGAUACCCUUGCUGCGGAGACUGUGAAAGAUGGGCGGGGAUAUCGACGCGCAGGCAGUCGGAGUUCAUCCAUCGGCAGACAGCCAAGCAAGAGUGCCUUGGAGCGCCAGUCAUCGUUUUCAAAAGACGACGAUUUUGCGACGGCUCUCCAGGCUUUGAAAGAUGGACGGGAGUAUCUGCAUCAAGGCAGUCCCAAGUCUUCUCCGAGGUCCUCCGUCGGGAGACGUCCAAGCAAGAACGUCGUGGAGCGUGAGCAGAGUGACGAUGUGCUGCUGCCGGCGGUUCAGGCCUUGAAGGAAGGGCAAGAAAUUCAUCAACGUCUCGGUAGGGGUUCUGGAGGGAGGCGUCCGAGCAAAGGCACCGGCGCCGGGCAAUAG